GUCCCCACCCUCCCUCUCCCCUACACCUCACUCUCUUACCUUCCUCGCUAAGUUACUAUUCACUUGGGAGGUCCAGGUUGUCAACCUCACUCUCACUCUCACUCUCUGGGUCCUCUGUAGAGUCAGUAGCUCUCAACUCUGAUAGUCUUUGAGGUGAGGUCGUAGCAAAGACCAGAUUUCUCUACUCUUCAAUUCUUUCUGCAAAUUAGUUCAUUUGGCGAAAGGCUUCCUUCAUGCGGUUGGGUGAGAUCUGAUUUCUCUCAGCUGAAGAUAGGAGGACUGAGUGAUUAAGUUAUCAAUAUGUUGUCUUGAAGAAGAACUUCGAGAAUUCGUCUUCUUCUGCUUUGUCUGCAUUGGAAGAAAGAGAAGAUUUGGAAGAAAGAAAUAAGAGGGGAGGAGAUAUGAGCUUCGGAAUGGGGUUAAACCUACUCCUCCUACUAGCCAUGGUGGCCACCAACAUUCUCUCUCUCUACCACCUGUCAUCCUCACUCCAAAGCAAACCCCCAGCUCCUCCCCCCGUCCCAGACCACCUACUUCAUCAACUCAACACCAUCCGAGCCACUAUCAAUCACCUCACCCACCUACGCUCUGCCAGCACCAGCUCUCUCAGCAUAUCUAGCACCACUUCUAAAGCCACAAUCCCUUCAGAUCUCCUCCUGUACGCACACAUCUCUCCUAUUGCCUCCGCCUGUCACAACCACCCUGACCUGCUCCACCGCUACAUGAAUUAUACCCCGUUCUCCCUCUGCCCACCUGACACUGACCUUUCUGAAGCCCUUAUCCUUCGUGGCUGCCACCCUUUGCCACGCCGGCGUUGCUUCUCCCCCACCCCUCCCAAACCACCCUCUUCGCUUCCCACCAAUCCAUUCCCUUCCUCCUUACCUGACUCUGCUGUCCUGUGGUCCACCUACUCUUGUAAGAGUUUCGAUUGCCUUGGCCGCUUCAAUGACAAUCUUGGUUUUGAAAUGAAAAUUGAAUCGUCCAAAUUUUUAACCAUGAAAUCUGAGCUCGAUCUCACGAUCCCCCAGUUGCUCAACAUUGCAAAGAGUUCUGCCAGUGUUCUCCGCCUAGCAUUUGAUAUUGGAGCUGGGACUGGGACCUUUGCAGCUAGAAUGAAGCUCCACAAUAUUACUGUUUUAUCUACUACCAUGAACCUUGGUGCUCCAUAUAGUGAGGUGACUGCAUUGCGGGGGCUUGUCCCAUUGCACGUUCCAUUGCAGCAGCGACUUCCAAUCUUUGAUGGGGUUGUCGAUCUUGUCCGAUGCGGCCAUGCUGUUAACCGUUGGAUCCCUAUUACAGCAAUGGAAUUCUUGUUCUAUGAUGUUGAUAGGGUGUUGAGGCCUGGAGGGUACUUCUGGUUGGAUCAUUUCUUCAGUAAAGCAAUCGAUCUUGAGAGGGUUUAUGCACCAUUGAUUGGGAAAUUGGGUUACAAGACAGUAAAAUGGGCAACAGGCAACAAGACUGAUUCCAGUGGAAUUAAGAAUGGAGAGGUUUAUUUGACUGCUCUGCUUCAGAAGCCUACAACAAAGUAAGAUUAAGCUCUCUUGCCUCGGCUUCUUGUGGACUGCCUAAAUGCCCAGUCUGUUAAUGCAGUGACAAGCUGGUUAUAAACUGCUUCCUUUGUAUAUGAAUUAAAGCUGACAUCAGAAAUGAUUAGUGGAUGAUCAAUAGUAGAUAAUGCAAUAUAUUCAGGAGAGGAUGGGUGUUGGGGCUCCUUGGAUUCUAUUUGAGCAUGUGGGGGGGUUAGAAACUUAUAAUAUGUAAUGACAACAUUAUUGUUCUUGACUAGUUUUUAUCUAUUUAAAUCUUUUCUUUUUUAA